AGGAUUUAGGGUAUCCCUAAUUUAUAAUGAUCUCGCUUUGCCUCCUUUCUCUUCCUUACCUUGGUUUCUCCCUUUUCUUCCAGUUGUCUUUGACGAGGAGCCGGCGCAACCAUGGUUCACGUCAGUUUUUACCGCAACUAUGGGAAGACCUUUAAGAAGCCACGGCGUCCUUAUGAGAAGGAACGAUUGGAUGCUGAGUUGAGGCUUGUAGGAGAGUAUGGGCUUCGAUGUAAGAGGGAGUUGUGGAGGGUUCAAUAUGCUUUGAGCCGUAUCCGUAAUGCUGCUAGGGACCUUCUCACCCUUGAUGAGAAGAACCCUCGUCGUAUUUUUGAAGGUGAAGCACUACUUCGUAGGAUGAACAGGUAUGGGCUUUUGGAUGAGAGCCAGAACAAGCUCGAUUAUGUCUUGGCUUUGACCGUUGAGAACUUCCUUGAGCGUCGCUUGCAAACACUUGUGUUCAAGUCUGGUAUGGCCAAGUCGAUUCACCAUGCUCGUGUGUUGAUCAGACAAAGGCAUAUCAGGGUUGGGAGGCAAGUUGUGAACAUCCCAUCCUUCAUGGUGAGGGUUGACUCACAAAAACAUAUUGAUUUCUCUCUCACAAGUCCGUUUGGAGGUGGCCGUCCCGGAAGAGUGAAGAGAAAGAACCAAAGAGCUGCUGCGAAGAAGGCUGCUGGUGGAGAUGGUGAUGAGGAAGACGAUGAGUAAAACAUAGGCAAUCCUAUCACCGCUAGAAACUCUUUAAAAGCCCUUUUGGUUGGAACUCACACCAUCCUCCAUUGUUAUAGACAUGGUUUUGAGUUUUGUUUCCUGAACUUUGAUGUAGUGGACCGAGAUAUAUGUUUUGCAUUUACUAUUUCUGGUUUUCUUGGAUU